AUGCUUGAGAGAGCGCUUCCUCCAGCACUCAUCUCUCUGCUUCUUGUUGCAUCUGGUGUUUCUGCUGCACCUUACGACUUUCUCGACAACUAUCGCGACCCCACACCAGCGGCUGACGAAGGCCCUCCUGCUUCAUACCACGCUGUCCGAGACAAGAACGUUUUACCGUACGAGAUCUGCGGUGUCGUUGGCGGUUACGUCUUUACAGUACUUAUCUGGGGAGUCCUUCUCCUCACCGUUGGUAGAAGGAUGAGACGAAAGGCACUUGACCCGCCCAAGCAGUUGGAGCUGGAACUUCAGGACAAGCCGACAAGACCAACCAUUAAGACACCUGGUCUAGCAUCGCCACCAUUGUCGGCACGAUUGUGGAGGAAGUUCAAGAAGAACGACUCUGCUGUUCAGAGUCCCGUCGUUCAAUCGCCGAGCUCCUUCGACCAAAAGGUCCUCGACGCCCAUAGGAAUCAAGCUCAAGCUGAUAUGGAGCGCCUCUACGCCGCUGUCAUGGACUUUGACGCCCAAAAGCAUUCCUCCAAGGUCAGCAUAGAAGAAACUGAGCCAGUCCCCCGAUCUACGGAGCGAAGAAGACCAUCAGCAAUCAGCAUCGCGCGACCUCAAUACACCGACGACAGCCCAAUAUCACCUGUCAAGGCCAUCUACCCACCGGGCUACUCAGACCGACCACCAACAGCACCCUACCAAGACCACCCAACCCGUGAGCACCUCCGCGCAGAACCACACCCACCCCCAAGCCCGCGCAGCAUCCUAUCCAAGCGCUCUCAAAACUCCAACCACACCACCACCUCAGGCAAGAACGCGCGAUUCAACCUCAAAAACCUGCGCAUCUCAGGCCCUAUAACGAAAUACCCAGGCGCAGACUCGGACGACGAAGCACGCACACCACUCUCCCCCGCUUACGCCAACCCCGGCGCCCCACCAUCCCUCCUACCCAGACAAACUCACCCACCUCCCCUUCAAACUACAACGACGAAUCCCUCGACCGUGUCCAACCCCUCCCGCGCCCGGCUCCGCAACGACUGGGUUCCAAUGGCAACCAUCCCAGUGCAUUACCUCUGGCGCAACCCCCCACCAGCCAACUCAAGUCAUCCCACGCAGCCUCGUCAUUACCCCUCCGGUCCUUUGCCUCGCCCUUGGCCAGCCCAGGAAUCCAAACAACGGUUCUCGACCGCCGCGUCGAGGCCCUCGCGCUAG